AUAUGAACAAUGUUAUAGUUUAUUUGCUCAGUUUAAAACCAUUAUCAUUAAACCGCUUUAUCAUCAUUAAAGCUUCAGUCACAAAUGCUGCCGAUUCUUUGGUUCUAGUACAUUUUCAGUUUGUGUUUUCUGAAAAAGAAACAAACGAAGAAGAAAAAUGAAAAAGAGUUUGUAUUCAUUCUGGAUUUGGAUUGCUCUGGUGAUAUCUUGCUUAAACGGCUGCUUGGCAAUUUCCUGUGACCAGAAUUUUACAGCAAGUUAUGGCGUGGUGUCUUUCAAAACGAAUCCCUCGUACUUUUUAACGGAAUGCCGUUAUAUAAUCAAAGCUCCAUCCGGGCACCGUGUUCAGCUUGAAAUUACAAACAUUACGACUAUUUAUGGAAACUGUUAUUAUGGCUCAUUGCGACUAUUCGAGGGAGAAAAUCCUGACAUUGUGAAUGACAUUCCCGCUGCUACAUAUUGCAGAACGAACAUCGAUCGUCCCACAUAUCUCUCUCAAGCCAAUGCCCUUACGGUUCUGCUUACGCGAAGAAUUCGUAACAAAUUUAUGUUCCCAACAAUGUAUUACAGACGAGUGCAAGGAUACAACAUGGUGUUCAAUCUAUCUGAAGGCUUCAUUCCCUCGCCAAAUUUUAUGAACAGUCUCUUACCGCGAAGCCAGUCGUUCAUCUACCGCUUGGAAGGAGCGCCUGGAAUGAAAGUCCAGCUUUUCUUCUCCUACAUGAACCUUGGGUCGAGCCAAACUUGCACUGGAGCACGUCUUUCGAUUUAUGAAAGUCCUACGGCAACAGGCGUGCCAGCACAAACAAGAUGUGGCAGAAACACGACAUCAUAUUUGUCAUCAACGAACAUUAUUGCCUUGAAGUUGGAGAACUGGGCAUCGCUUCAGGAAGCCGAGUCUGGAUUCAAAAUAUUUUACCAUAUUGGAACGAGAGGUUGUGCAUACAACAUGAAUUCAUCGCAAAGUGAAUUCAGUUCUCCACUGUACCCAUUCAAUUACCCAAAGAAUACGAAGUGUAAAUAUGAGAUUACAGUAAACAAAGGACAAAUGAUUUUCAUCGAUGAACAAUAUUAUGAGCGGGUAUAUGGAAACUCUUUGAAAGUUUACGAAAAAAGCGAAGCAGAUGGUGCAAUAAUUGAGACUGAAUUGCUGCGUUUUGGUGGCUUUACAUACUGGUCAAUCGGAAAUAGAAUAACACUUGUGUUUAAGAGUGGUAACGAAACUUCUGGCAAAGGAUUAAGAGUGCGUUACAUUGCCACAAACGGUUGCAAUUUGUUCAGUGAAAAAACAUAUGGGAAUGUGCUGUCGCCAUUGUUCCCUAACAAGUACCCAAAUGGGGUCACUUGCAACUAUGCUUUUGGUGAAAAGACAUCCAGACGUGAUUUCAGAAUAAGUGUACGCAUUCGUGGACUGGAAUUGGAAAGCAGUCCGUCGUGUAAAGAUGACAGUCUGAAAAUUUACGAUGGUGGAAAUGAUACUGCUGUGCUUCUUGACAACCUCUGUGGCACAUCUCGUUAUAAGACGGUCAUGUCAUCCACAGGAAAACUAUAUAUGCGCUUCAAAUCGAACGGGAUGAAUCGCUUCAAGGGAUUUCAAGCACAUUUCACAUAUACUUACCUAACAUUAGACUAUCGAGUUCCUGAAUGGAAAACAGGCACGUUGAUGUCUUGGAACCAUCCUUUCAAUUACCCACAUAGAACGUCGUCAGUAAAACGCAUUUCUACUACUUAUGGAAACAGAAUCAUCAUUAUAUUCACGCAUUUCGAUUUUGAAAAUAGCACAGAUUGCACUAAAGACAGCCUAAAGAUUUAUGAAGGGUCAGUUACAACCGAAUCCCUGAUGUCGACGAGAUGUGGAAGUAAUGGAGCUCCAUAUGUUUCCAAUUCAAGCAACGUUAUUUUGCAGUUUACAUCAGAUGAAAGGAUUUCAAAGACUGGCUACCGUGCUAAUAUUGAAGCCUGCGGGGGAGCAUACACAAGCUACGAAAACCGAAUAAAGUUUCCAAUGUAUUAUGGAAGAUACCCAAAUGGCUCGAACUGUCGAUAUGAGAUUUCUGCAAAACAUGGCUUCGGAAUAAGAAUUGUAUUUAACAAAUUUUCCCUGGAAAAAAGCCUAAAUUGCAAGAAUGACAAUUUUACAAUUUAUGAAACGACAGUUUCAAUUGGAAAUAGAAUUGAGUCAAGAUGUGGUAAAAACAUAAAUGUGGAUUUCUUUUCAAGUGCAGCAAAAGUGAUAUUUGUGUUUCGAUCGAACGAGAACAUAGAUGAUACUGGCUUUGAUGUUACUGUCCAAGCAUGUAGCCGAUUAUUCAGAAACGAUACUGGAACUUUGUUCUCUCCACAAUAUCCGUACCCUUAUCCAACAAAUGCAAAAUGCACGUAUGUCAUUCGACUACCCAAAGGUGCCAAGAUCCAGCUGGUUUUUCGCAACUUCUCUCUCUUCUCUGGUCGUGGAGAUCGACUAACAAUAAAUGAUGUGCAUAAAUCUUCCAGCAUUGGGUAUAUGGGCUCCAUUGCUAAAGAUUAUUUAGCGACAGGCAACGAAGUUGUAAUCACAUUUACAUCUUUCUCAAGAGCAGCCUCUAUAUCUCGUUUCAGUGGAUUUCAAAUCUACUAUUAUGAUCGUGAAGGUUUUUGUAGUAAGUACAAGCCGUGUUACAACAAUGCUCGCUGUACCAAUACUGGCGACAGCGGCUAUACAUGCAGCUGUCCGAGUGGUUUUACUGGUAGAAACUGCUCCGUAGAGAUCAUUCCAUGCAAGUCGAAUCCAUGCAUGAACAACGGGACAUGUACAGAUCUUAAUUUUCAUGGCAAACAGACGUUUACCUGCAGAUGCAAGGAGGAUUUUCAAGGAGACAGAUGUCAGAUCGCACUAUGUCCACGAGGAACGGGUUCUUUAACUGGUUUUGUACCAUGUAACGGGAAAGUCCCUGCUGUAUGGGAUGUCAAAGUAACACCAUCCUACAACGGUGGCAAUAUCGUUUUUGUCUGCCAGUUCACUACAAAAGAGAAGGAUGAUCGUGCUCGCUACGAAGUGACAUGGUAUCAAGGCGAUUCCAUCAAACCAUUUCGAACGACAAUAUUAAAACAGACUGAAAACAGGGAUACGGUGCAAAAUGAACACGAGGCUGGAAAAUGGCACUUUCGUUUGGGAAAAACGGUUUACUGUCGUGUCAGAAGCUAUUUCAAAACGUCUACCACAAUCAAGAGCCGAGUUUACGAAAGCAAUCGUUUUUAUCCUGGCAUAAAGGUGCAGCUGCCCAAUGCAAAGCGACACAAAAUCAGGGAAGCAGGGGAACCACUGAAGAUAACCGUAUCACGUACAAUUGAUGUUGUUUGCUCAGGAUCGAAGCAAUGUUCUGUUCGCUUGUAUAUUAGUCAUGACAAUCCGGAGAUAUUACUGAGCACCUGUUCGGUGUUGCUUGAUAACAAGCGUUCUUCGCAAACAAUCGAGGUUCAUGCAAAAAGAGAUUUCAUCGACGAUGGUGACAAAUCGGUUACUUUGAAAAUGGCAAUCGACCAAGACACAAAUGCCACUGAAUGGCUAUCUCACCAAGAAUUUGACAAUAUCAAUAUUGAUGUCAUUGAUGUUCCAACUGCAAGGUGCUGGUCAAAUGGUGAUCCACGGAUUCUCACUUUCGAUAAGCAAUAUUUUGGACACUUCCAACCAGGCGACCAUGUUUUUGUCAAAAGCUCUGCACGCAACUUUGAGGUCCACGUGCGCACAUGGCAGUGUGGAUCUGUUACAUGUAAUUGUGGAGUGGCAGCAAAAGAAGGCAAUGACACCAUCAUUCUCGACAUGUGUUGGGAUGGUAUUCCAAGAAUUCGAUUCUUAAGCAAUCAGGAGCCUGCAGAAGGCACAACAGUUAGAAGAGACCCUACUGGAAAGAGCUUCGUGAUGAAAUUUCCGUCCGGAUCGUAUGUGCGUUUUGACUCGUUCUAUUCAUAUGCAAAUGUCAUUGUCCAAAUUCCCAGCGACGAUUACCAAUCAACGACAGGACUCUGUGGAACAUUUGAUGGAAAUUACUUUAACGAGCUGCUUAGCAAAGAUGGAAAUUAUUAUUAUCAUGAAUACGGGUGGACUGCACCGCAAGAAUUCUCAGAAAGCUGGAAAAUGCCGGUUAGAAAAAGCUUGUUUUAUUAUCGUGGAGGACCAUCGAAAUGUAAAGACUCAAAGACGGCCUAUUGUGACUGCAGCUUACCUGCCGGCAGCACAUCUAAGCCUGUAUGCAAGAAGUAUACAUCGAUUUAUCAACAGACGGAAUUCAAGCAGAGCUACCGGGGUUGGAAAGAACUUCGGCAUCCAAAUGCACAAAAAUGCGCCAAAAGAAAGAGAAGGUCUUCCAGCAACGUUGUCACACUACCUGACGACAAUGAUGCUCUUGAUUACGUUUAUGAUCCGAAACCAUUGCCGAAUGUGACAGCAUCAUGGCCAACAAAGUUAGGAAAGACAGAGGAAAAUGUUACUGUUUUUUGUGAAACAACCGUUAAAGACUCGCUUCCUGGAAAGAUAUGUGCUAAAAUUAAUGAAUUCAAUUUUACAACUUUUAUCGUGCAGUGCGUAGAAGACAUCAAGAUUACUGAUGACAAUGAAUUCGCAAGAGCUGCAGUUCGUGCAAUGCAAGAUGCAUGUGAGGAAAUUCUAUUGAAGAAUACUUCAUAUUGGGAAACAGACCCGUCGUCAAAUGGCUCUAUGGUCCCCUCUUUAGAAAUGGGCAACACCCUUUGUCCAGGUAUGUGCAGUGGAAAUGGAAGAUGCGUAAAUGCAACGUGUGUUUGUGAUGGCAAUUUUACAUCUGCUGAUUGUUCCAUCGACAAAAACAAAGGACCUGUGGUGACGUCAAUACCAGGCAAUGGCUUAUGCGAUGCAAGAAACCGUAGUGAUUGUCAUUUGAUAAGAAUCUCAGGAAAAGAUUUCAUCGACUCGGAGCAACUUACGUGCUUAUCCAUCAAGGUUGAAGUAAAAGAUGGGAGUAAAAAUGAUCAAAAUGGAAAGCGGAAAGUGAAUUCAGCUUACUUACUCAGUUUUCGUGAGGUCCUGUGUGAUUUAGGCAACCACCCUGUUUCUACUGUUGGUGACCCUAGAAGCUCAAAGGGCAUUCCGUUUGCCAGUUAUCGCCUUCAAGUGUCAAAUGAUGGGAAUCGCUUCAGCAGUAACAGGCUACAAUACACGGUUUACGACUCCAAAUGUAUGCAAUGCAAUGCCACCACCAAAGAAUGCUCCCUAAAGCCGCAUACAUGCAACAUAAAUGGUCACUGCUAUCUGGAUGGCGAAAAAUACCCAAAAGACCCCUGCUACGUCUGCAAACCAUCAUUAGACAAGUUUGAGUUUUCAAUUGGAUGCACUCUUCAUAGCCAAAACAUUACAUUAAUAAUUGUGUGCGCAGUUGUUGGAUCUUUAAUUUUCAUGGCUUUGGUGAUUUGCAUAAUCUUCAGGAAUAGGAGAAAGCAGAAAAGGUCCCAACCCAGAGAGCCUGACGAGGCCACUUCCGCCACCUUUAGCAACAUGGCUUUUCAAGCAAAAACAGAAGAUGCAAAGUGACACGUUUGAAAGAACAAACUUUCAAUGAGAACAUUCCUUUUAUGAACACAAUUCUUUGACUUGUUUCUAGAGCAGUUCAGAUUAUGACAGUGCUAUCAUAUAUUGUUGAUUUGCUAGUUUUCUUUUUCAGAUAUUAACCGUGGUAUUUAUGAAUCAUCUACAUUUCUAAAAGUAUAAAUUGUAUUGAAGUAACGUAUUUUAUAGUAAAUAAAGUACACAAG